UCUACUUGGGUAAGAAGUUACUUCUAAUUAGCCAGCCUCUUCUUGCUCGCCUCACUUGUCCACUCUGCAGAUCCAGAUCCUCUCCUCAGGGACCAGGUACCGUCAGAGGCCCCAUCAGACCGCAGACAGCCGAGCUGUUGUGGAGCUGCUGCUUUUGGCACCUUUUCACCCGGCGACGUCGGUGCGCACCGAAAUUACGCACGACUUGGAUGGAGAAGCUGCAUCAUAGCACGGCUCUUAUUUAGUCAGCCUUUAUCGUUUUUUUUAAAUACUGUCUUGGGUUGAUUUUAGUUGUUGUUGUUGUCCUCAUUAUCUGCAAAGAGAAAACAUAGAAUAUACACCUUGUCGCUAAAUCAGCGGGGUUUUUACGCGUCAGGUUAACACAGGUGUUUAGGCGCACGUCGGUCCUUGUACAGUUGGACCCACAGGUGCCCGGUUCGACGGCACUGAGUCCGAGCAGCAUACAAAGGUAGUAAAGGAGAAGGCCAGCAAGGAAAUAUCAAAAACAACAACUAAGUGACAAAUAACCCAGGGUAAAAGAAAAACAGAGAGGGAGGGAGUGACAGAAAAAAAAACUAGAGAGAGAGAGAGAGAGAGAGAGAGAGAGAGACAACCCCUGGAGACUAGCUAGGAGACCCGGCCCCCGGUCUGAGAGAAGGAGAGAGAGAGUGAGGGAGUGAGGGAGUGUUUUAAAGCCGGCAGGAGGCAUGAUGUCCUACAUUAAGCAACCCCAUUACGCCGUGAACGGGUUAACGCUGUCCGGCCCGGGCAUGGAUCUGCUCCACUCCGCCGCCGUUGGAUACCCCAGUGAUUAUUUCUUCGCAGGCACCCCGCGUAAACAGCGCCGGGAGCGCACCACCUUCACACGCGCACAGCUGGACAUCCUCGAGGCUCUGUUUGCCAAAACCCGCUACCCAGACAUCUUCAUGAGGGAGGAGGUGGCCCUCAAGAUCAACCUGCCCGAGUCCCGAGUCCAGGUCUGGUUCAAGAACCGUCGUGCCAAGUGCCGCCAACAGCAGCAACAGAGCACAGGCCAGUCCAAACCCCGGCCCCCUAAAAAGAAGGCAUCCCCUGCUCGUGAUGCCAACACUGAAGCCAGUGCCAACCCCACUAAUGGACCCUACAGCCCUCCACCUCCUCCUCCAGGCACCGCCAUCACCCCCAGCUCUAGCUCUGCUAGCGCCACGGUGUCCAUCUGGAGCCCAGCUUCCAUCUCCCCACUGCCAGACCCCCUGUCUGCCUCCACCACCCCCUGCAUGCAGCGCACCACCACCUACCCCAUGACCUACACCCAGGCCCCAGCCUACAGCCAGAGCUACGCAGGCUCCUCCUCCUACUUCACUGGCCUGGACUGUAGCUCCUACCUGUCCCCCAUGCACCCACAACUGUCGGGUACCGGAGGUGCCCUGAGCCCCAUCACAGCCUCCUCGAUGGGUGGGCCCCUCAGCCAGUCCCCCGCCUCGCUCUCCUCCCAGGGCUACACGGCCGCCUCGCUGGGCUUUGGAGCCGUCGACUGUCUAGACUACAAGGACCAAGCUGCCUGGAAGCUCAAUUUCAAUGCCACUGACUGUCUGGACUACAAAGACCAGAACUCCUGGAAGUUCCAGGUCUUGUAAAGUGGGAGGUGGGGAGGGAAGGGGAUAGGGGAAGAAGUGAGAAAUUGAAGUAGGGUGAAUAACCCAAUAUUACUGUUGGUGUGUUUUAGAGGAAGGAAGAGACCUUGGGACACAUAAAUCAAUUAAUCAUAUCAGUUGAAGAACUAAUCAGCUGAAAUAAUGUCUUCAGUUUUUCUUUUCAAAAAAUAUGUGUGGAAGUAAACUGACCUGUUGACGCUUGGCUCGGUGAUUGUAACAAGGAGAUAACAGUAGUGUUUCUAAGUUAAGCAACAUAGAAAUCAGCCUUGAAAUCAAGAAAUGGCUGCUUGAAAGCAAUAUGUGUACAAUAAAAUCUAAUUAGUGAGAAAGAACAACAGCUUCAAUUCUCCAGCUCAGUGGAUUAGUGACUAUUGUUGUAAUUUAAAUACAGUCUGACUAUAUUACUGAUGACAAGAGAAUUUAAAGUGAAUGAUAAAUGAAGGAGGCUACUUGUCCCAUGCUGAAAGCAUCCAUUUGAUUUAUGACUCAUUAGUUUUGGUUUAUAGAAAUCUGAUUUGUUUGAUAGAGCUGAUUUCAGAAACUGAAUGACUGGCCUUGACUUAGACCACAUUUGAAGCAGAGCUUUUUUUGUUUAACUGCCACAGCACAACAGUUCAGUGACAUACAAUUUUGCCGCAUAGACAGCCUUGAAAUCGACGCGAUAAAGCACUGACGAGAGCCCAAGCUCAUGUCUAUUUCUUCCUUCUAGACUUUGUCUUGUAUUUUCUGUGAUGUUAUUUCUUUUAUGAAGCUGCUUUUCAUCAGCGAGCUGACUCAAAAAGCUUUGAGCCAAACAACUCAACUAACCCAAACCGACACCUUCAGGAGGCUCGU